CCUGACUCCUCCCCACGCGGUGAGGACAAUCAGCUCCAGGUGUACCUGCAGCGGUAGCACAGGGUUCACUUCACUUUUCGCCAUGGACCCAGCUCGAGCAGCUGAGUUGUCUGGGACAGUGGCCGAGAAAAUGCUGCACUACCGAAGAGAUGAGAGUGGAUGGAAGACGUGUCGGAGCGGCAAAGGAGUUACAAUUUCUUGGAGGCCUUCUACGGAGUUUCCUGGGAACCUGUACAAAGGAGAAGGAAUAAUAAAUGGCACCCCUGAAGAGGUGUGGAAAUUCUUACUACCAGCGGAUAAUGGAUUACGGGCAAAAUGGGAUGAGAAUGUGAAAGACCUUCAAGUUCUUGAAUUGAUCAAAGAUGAUCUCUUCAUAAUCAGAACAAUCACACCAUCAGCUGCCAUGAAACUCAUUUCUCCUAGAGAUUUUGUAGACCUGGUACUAAUCAAGAAGUAUGAUGACGGGACUAUAACUUCUAAUGCUUCCUACGUGGACUAUCCAUCUUGUCCUCCACAAUCAGGUUAUGUGAGAGGAUUUAAUCAUCCCUGUGGUUGCUUUUGUGAACCUGUUCCAGGGGAACGGAACAAGACCCACGUUGUCAGUUUCUUUCAGACUGAUCUCAGUGGCUACCUUCCCCAGAAUGUGGUGAACUCCUUUUUCCCUCACAGUAUGGCUGAAUUUUACAAUAAUCUCCAAAAAGCAGUGAACAAACUUCAAGAAUGACACUAUUCUCCAUGGAAAAACAUCCUGUUUAACCCAUUCAUGAACUGGAGUUGCUGGGAUACAAGUGACAUGGUGAACAGCAGAACUCUAAUUGCAUUAUAAAAACAAACAAAAUAAAAGAGGAUGAAGAAGACAAAGAUACCCACAGGGAUUCUGCUUUCCCUGACACCAGCCAUUGAUAUGUUUCCUUUCCUCCUCUACCUUCACCAUAGCUUUCACCAUAAAAAGAAAAGGAACCAGAUUUUGUAAAGUCAUUUAAUUAAUGAGUUAUCUUAUCUUUGGCUUUAUUGGCGUUUAGUUAUGGAUGAUUCCUGAAUAUCCUUAUGGAAGUAGUUUUGGAUUAUGAAUUAGAGGACACGGGUUCAAACCCUAUUUUUGCCACUUGCUAUCUGUGUGAUGCUUGCAUCACCUAACUCCUCUGGGCAUCAGUUUCUGGAUAUUUAAGAUAUCUUCCAGCUCUAAAUGAAUGAUCCUAAGGAUUAAGUCUAGUAGAAUUUCACAUUUCAGUGAUAAUUGCCUUAAUCAGAUUAUUUUCAUAUGUACUGAGGAAAUAGAAAUUUUUCCUAAGAUAGAAGAGAAAAGUUAUUUGGGAAUAUAAGGCAGACAGACCCUACUUUGGCAUAUUGGGACAUCAAGAGGGAACCAAGGAUAAAAUCUACUUGAAUUUCAGAUUUACUGGGAUUCUACUUUUAGAAACAGAUCCUUAGAUUUUUGUGUGCAGUGCUUAUAUUGCUUGCUCUUUCCUCCUUGUAUUUUUUAAUGGUUGGUUCUUCCUCCCAUUUGUAAUUACCUUAUAUCUGUCCUGAACCUUAAGAGGCUUCUACGAUAUCCUUGAAAGAGCACUGAAUCUAGUCGUCUCUGAGGCCACAGCUUCUCUACCUCUCUGAGAGUCCAUUUUCUCAUUUGCAAAAAUAGGAAUAAUAUUAUCUGUUUUAAUUUAAAGAUUCAAUGAGAAUGUAUUUAUAAAGUACUUUACAACCUUGAGGUUCUCUACAUAUAAGAUAGUAUGAGUAUUUUAUUGUCUUUUUUUUGUCCAAAUCACCAGUUUGCCAACAUUCUUAUAAAAUCUUAAGCUGGAAGAGACCUCAAAUGUCUAGUGCAACCCUCCCUGGAGCAGGAAUAUUCUUGGCAAUUACUGGUGGAUUCUCUUCUUGAACCAGCUUUGGGGCAGGGAACUCAUUACCUUCAGAAGAAGCCCAUUCUAUUUCUGAGUAGCUCUAAUUGUGAAGAAGUUUUUUGUUUUGUUUUUACUCUGUGCUGACUUUUGCCUUUCAGCAACUCUGGAAUGUUGUUCUGAUCUUCCAAGGAAAUAGUCAUAUCCCAUGUCUCACGUUUUUUUGUCAUCUACAAAUGUUAUCAAUCCACUUGUUUUUUGUCCAUUGCCAACUUCUGUAGAAAGUUAUUUAUGUUUAAUUCUGAUAUAUUAUUAUCCAUUAUUUGAGUCUAACCCUUAGCCUAAUUGUGCAACCCCUGAAGAGUUGUGUGAUCUAGGCCAUAUUUGUAAGAUGUAUUCUGUAUAGCAGAAUAACACAUCCUGUUAAAAUAUGGUCUCAGCUGAACUUGAAAAUCAAUUACAAAGUGUUAUCUUAUUCAUACGACUACCUGGUCCAAAAAAUUAAAUGCCAUUACCUAGACUAUGAGACUAUUAUAAUAGUUAAAAUGGAGAAGAAAGAUUUAAGGGUAAUGGAAAAUAGUAGCCAUCUUCAGGUAUUUCAAACUGUGGGCACAUGGAGGAGGAUUUAGACUCAUUCAGCAUGCACCAGAAGUAAUUGUCCCAAUGGGUAGAAGUUGCAAAAAGGUGAAAUUUAUUAACAAUUAGAGCUGCCCAAAGAUGGAACAAGGUGCCCUGGGAAGUGCUGUGCACCUUUCUGUAGAAGGCUUCAAGCACAAGCUGGAUGCCUACUUGGGGUAUGUUGGAGGGGGUAUUCUUGUUCAGGUUUGGAGUGGACUAGGUAUGACCUCUGAGGAACCUUUCAACCUAGAGUCUGUAAUAUAAAAUUUAGGUUAAAAAGGAAUAAGUACUGGACUUAUGAUUUCAUUGAUAUGGGGAACUUCCAGGUGAGGAAAUAUCUUUUACCAACAAAAUUCUACUACUUCUUAGCAAUUUAUAGUCUUAAGAGAGUUGCCUAGGGCACUGAGAGGUUAAAUGAAUUGUCCAAGACUACACGGUCAGUUUAUGUCACAGGCAGAACUUAAAUCCAGGUCUUGGCUGGCUUUAAUGCCAGCUCUCUGUAAAUUAUGCCACACUGCCUCUUUGGGUUAGUAACAAAGCAAUAUUCCAAAUCAUCACAUGCCUAUCAUCUAGAAGAGUAGGUGUAGAAGGUGGGGAAGGUUUUAAGUAACUGGUGUGAUUCCUAACUAGUUGGUCUAAUCAAGAUUAUGAGUACUAUGAGUCUAACACAGAUUAUGAGUAUUAUUAGCUUUGCUGAGGGGAACAGGCUGGAGAAAGAAUGUGGACUGAAGAAACUUGGUCUGACUCAAUGUGUGUCUGUAAUAGAGCUCAAGUCUUUCACUUUUGUUUUAAGGAGCUGAGAGUUGAAUGAUCAUCUGCCUUUCCCCAUGUCUUCACUUGACAGUGAUAGUUGCUUAAUCUAAGCAUUUCCAGGGUGAAGAGUAUGGAUAACUAUGGAAGCUGAUGUUUGUAUCAUUAAAAUGCUACUUUUGUUCAUUGUGA